AUGGCGACACUACUAGACGAUAUAGUCAUUCGAGAGGCCGUCACUGCGGAUAUCGACUCGAUGACCAUGAUCAUACCGCGCGCAUACGAUGCAGACGCUUUUCUCAACUUCAUCUUCCCGGACACACCGACUAUACGCGACUGGUGGACUAAAGUCUAUACCUCAGCUAUUCAGUCCCCUGCCUAUACCAUCCUGGUAGCUGUCGAAGAGGCGACCGUCAUCGGAGUACUCACACUACAUCUUUACCGCCCUGAGAACGCUCACCUUGGGAAGAGAGACGGGAUCUGCACGUUGGUCCCGCUGACGGACGACCACCACCAGGAGCUGAAGAAAGCGCUUGUUGAGCAGGCCAGCGACCGUCAGAAGAUCCUUCAAGAGCAGUCGAACCUGAUGAUUGAUCUGCUGGGUGUCGACCGCAAGUAUCAAAGCAAAGGCAUCGGUGGCCAGCUGGUCAAACGUGCUGGGGCAGUCGCAGACAGUGAGAGCGCGGCUAUCUUUCUGCAGACCACGCAGGCGAAGGCGUACUACUUGAAACUGGCUCUUGGUUUCGAGGUAAGAGGUGAAGAUGAUCCGAAUGCGCCCGGCGGUGUCAUUGUGCGGCCGUCCCCAGCGAGCUCUCGAGGAUCACAGUAG